AUGUCUCUCUCGACUGAGUCGACGCGCCCGCUUCUCCUGCCGCAGAACCGUCGUCUACGUCACCUGCAAGGAAUCUACCUACGGAAUUUGAGCUUUGUGCGACCACAUGGAAAGACGACGGAUGAUUUAAACCUGGGAAAGGGGUCAACGACAAAGCUUCAGGCCCUCAAGGCCAGCUCGCAACUCCACCAUGCGGCAUCCUCCGAGUCACUGCGGGAUCGACCGACCAAGAUUCGACGGCGAAGCACUAAUCUUGCGAACAAGAGCCCGGUAAUCAGACAGAAGGCCCUAGAAGUUGCCAUUGAGAGGCGAGCAGCCGAUGCCUUCUUCUCUUUGCACGUCGAAGGCGUCGAGGACCCGGUGUACAUCAGCGAGGUUAAGGACCGAUCAACGAAUUUCAACUUUCGUUUCUUUGAUCUGUCACAAGCCCAUUCCCACAUCACACGAUCUGCCGAAGUAGUAGUCAAGAUAUGGGGAAAACGACAAGACCAAUGGCUUCUUUUACUCGACCAAGCAGUCGAAUUGCGGCUUCUUAACUUUAUGGGAACUCUUCGCAACCAGCAUUUCCCUCCCAACUGCUUGGUAUUCCACCUGAUCGACGGGAUUUAUUGUCUUGAACUACCGGCUAGAGUACCCGAACCCAAACAAGGCACGCCUCUAUCUACUUCAUCGUACAAUGCGCUGAUGAAACUCUCAAACCUUGAAGCAUCUAUUCAAGACGCCCUCGCAACGCGUGAAGCUUUGACGGCUCAGAUCAAUGGGAUUUUGGAACGAACGCCUCCGGACCCAGUCCCCAUGGCGGAAGAAAAGGCCAGGCUGGCGAAUAAGUAUCUCACAGCUGAGCAACGUUCUCUCAAAGCCGCCGAAGCCCGUCGUGAGGAGUUGAAGCAGUCAAUUGCGGCUAGACGUGCUGCCAUAGCCGAAGGUUGUGAGGUACAGGACAAGACUGCUCAAGACAUUGAAAACGCUGCUACAAAGCUACCAAGUGCUCGUGCUUCGAUCAUUGAUGCGCGGGAUAAUAUCCGUGGUCAACGCCGACGUAUCUGCGAAGAACUUGGCCAGAUCUUUCCGAUUGCAGCGGCAUCUUCUGGGGCACCCCUAGCUUUCCAGAUCUGCGGCAUUGAGCUACCCAAUACAGACUAUGACCCGACCUUGAACACUGCUGCAGAAAAUGCCCUGUCGGCAGGAUUGGGCUAUGUUGCCCAACUGACUCAUGCACUCCAAUUCUAUCUUGGCGUGCCUCUACCAUACCCCAUUACGCCUUUUGGCUCCAGGAGCAGCGUUCGGGACGAUAUUUCUCAAAUAGCCGACAAGGAACGUACUUUUCCGCUCUAUAUACGUGGAGGAGCAACUGCCCAGUAUCGAUUCGACUAUGGCUGGUUCUUACUCAAUAAGGACAUUGAGACUCUGUGUGCCAGUGCUGGUCUCAAAGUCGUCGAUAUACGACACACGCUGCCAAACCUGAAAUACUUACUCUAUGUCUGCAGUGCUGGCACCAAUGAUUUGCCUGAACGGAAACGUGGUGGCAUCAGGGGAUUGUGGGCAGGCAAGAUGAAAGGCCGCAUUGGCACUUCUAUAGACGAUGGAGCAAGUAGUGCUGGAGGAAGUCGACGUGGAAGUGCCGAUAGUGAACUGCUUGAUAAGCAAAGAGCUGAUUUAAGGAAGCUGAUCAUCAGUGAUCCCAACAGUCAUGGUGACCACCGCACAGCCGCCAGCCCAGUGCCUGAGCGGAGCGCAUCAGCCCGACUAACUCUUGAUGAAGACACCAAAUUUACAUUGAGAACUAAAGGCUUGAGAGAGAACAUCGUUAACUGA